GCUGCUAGUGCGGCGGCGGUUUGGUGUGAGGGUAGCACGUUGAGCUGAAGGCUUUUCGGAGUGCGGCGGCACUAGGCCUGGCAUUGAUCCCAGUGUCUGGUGGGAAUCCGGGAUUGGGACUGGUCUGAGUCCCCAGGGGAUGGAUCGCGUGUUAAGUGGGUGGUGCGGAAAGUGCGUCAAAAAGAAAGGGUUGCCGCCACUCUGGGCCCAACGCAUCGUGGUCGCCUGGCUCAGUAAGGCCGAGUGGGAUCAGGUGACGGUGUAUCUGUUCUGUGACGACCACAAAUUGCAGCGGUACGCGCUGAACCGCAUCACCGUGUGGAGGAGCAGGUUAGGCAACGAACUCCCCCUGGCAGUGGCUUCUACUGCUGACCUGGUACGCUGUAAGCUCAUGGAUGUAACUGGUGGCUUGGGCACUGAUGAACUUAGACUGCUCUAUGGCAUGGCAUUGGUCAGGUUUGUGAAUCUUAUCUCGGAGAGGAAGACAAAGUUUGUCAAGCUCCCCCUCAAGUUCCUGGCUCAGGAGGUGAAUAUUCCAGAUUGGAUUGUUGAACUUCGCCAUGAGUUGACCCACAAGAAAAUGCCCCAUAUAAAUGACUGCCGCAGGGGCUGCUACUUUGUCCUGGAUUGGCUCCAGAAGACCUACUGGUGCCGCCAACUGGAGAACAGCCUGAGAGAGACCUGGGAUUUGGAGGAGGACAAGGAAGAAACAGAUGAAGAAGACCAAGAGGAAGAUAAGAACAUUGUUGUUGAUGACAUCCCAGAACAGAAACCAGAGCCUAAGGAUGAGGAGAAAGGUGCAGAGCCAGAUGUCAAGGCUGAUGGAGACAGCGAAGGCAACAAAGAGGUUGAUUCACAAUUGCAAAAGGCUCAGAGACAUAAAGAGUUGUAUGAAAGAGCCCGAGAACUGCUGGUAUCAUAUGAAGAGGAGCAGUUUAAGGUGCUGGAGAAAUUUAGGCAUUUACCUCAGGCUGUUAAGGCGUGGAAUAACAUGUCCCCACCUGUAGAAUGCAUCCUGGCAGAGCUCAAGGGCAUUACAUGGGAGAACAGGGAGGCUGUGCUGGAUGCUUUUCUGGAUGACGGCUUUCUCAUCCCCACAUUUGAGCAGUUGGCAGCUUUGCAGAUAGACUAUGAAGAUGGGCAGACUGAGGUCCAGAGAGGGGAAGGUACUGACCCAGAGUCACACAAAAAUGUGGACUUGAGUGAUGUCCUGGUGCCAAAGCCAUUCUCUCAAUUCUGGCAGCCCCUGCUCAGGGGCCUGCACUCCCAGACCUUCACGCAGGCCUUGCUGGAGAGGAUGCUCUCUGAGCUGCCAGCCUUGGGGGACAGCGGGAUCCGGCCCACCUACAUCCUCAGAUGGACCGUUGAACUGAUUGUGGCUAACACCAAGACUGGACGGAAUGCCCGCCGAUUUUCUGCAAGCCAGUGGGAAGCAAGAAAGAACUGGAGGCUAUUCAACUGCUCUGCCUCCCUUGACUGGCCCCAGGUGGUUGAGUCCUGCUUGGGCUCACCUUGCUGGGCCAGCUCCCAACUCCUUCAGCUCAUCUUCAAAGCCAUGGAGCAGGUCCUGCCAGACGAGGAGCAGAAGAAGCUGCUGCACAUCUGUUCCAUUUAUACCCAGAGUGGAGAAAACAACGAGGUGCAGGAGGGCUCAGAGGCUUCUCCCAUUGGGAAGUCUCCAUACACACUGGACAGCCUAUAUUGGAGCCUCAAACCAGCUGGCUCUAGCUCCAGGCCUGAAGGAGAAGCCCAGCAGCAGGAAGAGCAGGGAGGCCUUAAUGAUAUCAAGCAAAAUGAGGAGGAGGAGAAAGAGGUUUUGGAAGACCAGGAGGAGGAGGAGGAAGUAGAGGAAAAUGAGGACCAGAAGUGGGAGGAAGAGGAGGAAGAUGAAGAGGAGGAUGAUGAUGAUGAUGAUGAAGAUGAUGAUGAGGAUGAUGAUGAAGAUGAUGAAAAUGAUGAGGAGGAAGACAGGAUGGAGGUGGAGCCUUUCUUUGCUGAGCAAGAAUCCCCCACUGCCGAGAAUGCUAGGCUCCUGGCCCAUAAAAGAGGAGCUUUGCAGGGCUCCGCAUGGCAAGUUAGCUCAGAAGAUAUACGAUGGGACACCUUCCCCUUAGGCCGAAUGCCAGGUCAGACCGAGGACCCAGCAGAGCUUAUGCUGGAAAAUUAUGACACCAUGUAUCUUUUGGACCAGCCUGUGUUAGAGCAGCGGCUGGAACCACCAACAUGCAAGGCUGGCACCCUGGGCCUGAGCUGUGGCAUUGGCAGUGGCAACUGCAGCAACAGCAGUGACAGCAGCAACUUGGACGGCCUUCUCUGGAGCCAUGGUCAGCUGCACGGGCUCAAAACUGGCCUGCAGCUCUUCUGAUGCCUGGCCUGGUGUAAUUGUUCAUCUAGCCCCGCUGGGGCAUCCAGCCCACCCUCUCAGUGCACCUAAUGCUCCAGGAAAUAACCUGGGAGACAGCCUGCAUCCACCAUAUCAGCUCAGUUUUCCAUCACAGAGGAACUUUGAUUUUGUUUUGCUUUGUUUUGAAAAACAAUAAACAGUCAAUUGUUGUUCUGGUGUUUGUGA